AUGUCGGGAGGAUUCAUUUCAGUCCGAGAAGGAGUAGCUGCUAGUAUCUUUUUAGCAAUCUACACUAUUUAUCUUGGUCUCACUGGGCUAAUCGUUUACCGUGAAGGGUGGAGGACUACUUACACCUUCUUGUUAGUCUUUGGAAUAUUUCGUGUCUCGGGCCAGCUAUGUGGUGUUGUUUUUUCGAAGCUUGGUAUUGAACACUGGCAAUGGCUUAUUGCUUACUUGGUUCUUACUGCUGAAGGUUAUUUCACUUUAGUUCUCACAAGCUUCCACUUCCUUGCCAAUGCGCAGGUUACAGUUCAUGGAACUUCAUGGCUUAGACCAACAAAGAAAGAAAUCCAUGCUGCUCACGCGGGCGAAAGUAAGAUGCAGAUAAAGUGUGCGGAAAUGAAUACCUUCGCCUUUGUAUUCCAUUGGCUCUUAAUUCCAGCCAACGCUUUGGUGAUUUCCGGUGGAACUAUGCUUACUGGUGUUGAUGCUGACAAGUGGUCCCAAGAAGGCAAAAAGAUUGCAACUUCUAAGGCUUUGAGAUGUAGUGGUCAAGCAACGUUCUUAGCUGAAACAAUUGUCUUAGUAGCUUUUGCCAUUUACGUCUACAAAUCGGAAAGGGUCAGAAAUUAUACAAUGAAAGCUUUAUUCUUUGCAUUCCCAUUUUUACUUGUUAGAGGUAUCUUUGGUAUUUUGUCCAUUUUCUUAGAUAGGAUGAAUUACUUCAAGAUUUCUAAUUACGAUGAAAACGGGUUAUCAGCCUACUUCAUUGCAUGCGAAUACACUAUGGCAACCACCAUGGAAUUCAUUUCAGCUUGCACUUUGAUUUCUGUUUACUAUCAUGACAGAUACUAUGGGAAAUUCAGUAACAAGGAAAGGAUUAUUGAGCCGCUUACCGAAGAAGAAAGUGACUCGAAGGGAGUUUAA